AUGAACCUUUCACUCGUGGACCCAUUUGUCCUGGCCCAGGAAUACCCAGAUACAUUGACCGAGAAGCUGAGUAGCGGCCAUGCGACAUGUCUCAGCUUCAAUCACAAGGGCGACUACCUUGCCUCCGGACGAGUGGACGGCACAGUAGUGAUCUUCGACAUUGAAACCAAUGGCGUGGCGCGCAAACUGCAAGGCCACACGCGACAGAUCCACUGGUCCCGCGAUGGCCGAUACCUCCUCACCUCCUCACAAGACUGGAAAUGCAUCCUUUGGGAUCUCCAAGACGGCUCACGAGUCCGCACAGUACGGUUCGAAGCACCAGUAUACAUCGCCCAGCUACACCCAUUCAACCACCUCCUCUUUGUCGCCUCCCUCUUCGAAGACCAACCCGUCCUAGUAGACGUCUCCUCCCCAAAGCCAAUCAAGCGCAUCCUCCCCAGCGCCCCGCUCCGAGCCCAACCAACAAACGGCGAAGAAGUCGACCCAGCAGUAGCAGCGAAGCAAGCAGCCCAAGACGCAAAGCACUCCACCUGCGUAACAAUCUUCACAGCCUUCGGCAACCACAUAAUCGCAGGAACAUCUAAAGGCUGGAUCAACAUAAUCGAAACGCAAACCUGCACAACAAUCCACUCAAUGCGCCUCUGCAACGGCGUAGUAAUCCUCCUCCGACUCGCCAGCAACGGGCGCGACCUGCUAGUCAACAGCUCAGACCGAGUAAUCCGCACAGUACUCAUGCCCGACCUAUCACAACUAGGAAUCGACCUCGAAGCAUCCGCGAUAAAACUCCACGUGGAACACAAAUUCCAAGACGUGGUCAACCGCCUAAGCUGGAACCACGUAACCUUCUCCUCAACCGGCGAAUUCGUCACCGCAACCACAUUCAUGAAUCCAGACAUCUACGUCUGGGAACGGAGCCACGGCUCGCUAGUCAAGAUCCUGGAAGGGCCACGGGAAGAACUAGGUGUUGUGGAAUGGCACCCGUCACGACCAAUGGUCGUAGCCUGCGGGCUAGAAACGGGCUGCAUAUACACAUGGUCGAUUGUCUCACCGCAGAAAUGGUCAGCGCUGGCACCGGAUUUCGGCGAGGUAGAGGAGAACGUGGAAUACAUGGAAGCGGAGGAUGAAUUCGACGUUCAUCCUGCUGAGCAGGUGCAUCAGAGACGAUUGGAUCAGGAGGAUGAAGAGCCGGAUGUUGUUACUAUUGAUGCGGUCAAGGGGGUCGUCGAGGCUGAUGGUAUCGAACCGUUCAAUGUGCCUAUCUUGCUUGAUGUUGAGGAUAGUGAUAGUGGGGAGGAUGUUGUUGCCGUCGGGCCUGGGACUAUGAGGAGGCGGACGCCUGGUGCUGGGCGGGAGGCUGUGAAUGGGACUGGGAAUGGGGAUGUAGAGAAGGAGGGUGCGAGUGGGAGGGCAGCUAGGAGUCGGCGGCGAUGA